GUUUCAGGGGCAGGAGAUGCUGUUUCUCUGUGCUCCAGUACCUACGAUUAGGAGUUAGUGUCUGUUUAGAACUAACAGACGCUAACUGUGUGUGUGGCUCCAAGGAAGAGUUGUGCUGAGGGCCAGAACCCUGUUCCUCCCCUCCACCACCCUCAUGGUCCUUUCCAAUUUCACUCCCACUGGCAUCAGUGGUUUUUUAAGUGUAUAACCUCUGCUCCUUCUAUCUGUACAUCUUCCAGGCACUCACCUUUGGCUUCAAAGAGUAGUGCAGAACGUCUAUCUGGCUAUAAAUUGUACAGAACCAUCCCCCCUACCUAGCUGCAUAGAGAACCCUCUUCUGUUCCACCAGCCUCUCCAGUCUCUACCGAGCACUGCUAGUGACGGACUUGGAAGCCUGGACUAGGACUCAUAAAGGGACCAUGGCUUAGAAUGCAAUUCAAACAGAUGGAUCUGUGAGGCCACAGGGUGGUGCCUCGCGGACCUGGAACUACGUUUCCCAGGAGGCAUUGCGCUGGCGCCGGGGCGGGCCUAGCUGAGGGGCGGGGCCUGCGGGCCAGAGCGCGCGUUCGCGAGGCCCGGAUGGCGGGGCAGGUGAAGGACCGCGAGGCCUUCCAGCGGCUCAGCUUCCUGUAUCAGGCCGCCCACUGCGUCCUCGCGCAGGACCCCGAGAACCAGGCGCUGGCGAGGUUCUACUGCCACACGGAGAGGACCGUGGCCCGGCGGCUCGUGCUGCGCCGGGACCCGUCGGUGAAGAGGACCCUCUGCCGUGGCUGCUCUUCCCUCCUCCUCCCGGGCCUGACCUGCACGCAGCGCCAGAGACGCUGCAGGGGACAGCGCUGGACGGUGCAGACCUGCCUGACGUGCCAACGCAGCCAGCGGUUCCUCAAUGACCCUGCACACGUUCUCUGGGGAGACCUGCCUCAGGCCCAGCUGGGGGGCCAGCCAGAUCUGAGACCACCGCAGCCCUUGCCAAGCACAGUCCACCCCACCCCACCCCACCCCGCUGAGGAGAAAGCGCAGCCCCAGAGCUCUAGACCCAGUGAUGGAGUCACUGUCUUCCAGACAAAUAAAGUUUAAUUCUGUUUCA